AUGUCUCCGUCAAGACAAGAUAAUACAAGCGUUUUAACAUUUUGGAGAAUAUGUCAAACGUUCGACUACUUUUUUGUGAAAACGGUAGUAAGGGAAUACACCGACGAUAACCCGAUUUUUUGGGACAACUUUUUGAAGCUCAUUUAUGACCGAGGAAUUCUUUGCGGGAUAUUAGGAGAUCAACUCUCCGAAGAGGUUGAGUACACUUUGUCAGAAACACAAUUGUUUCGAUCAAAUAAAGGUGUCACAUAUGUCACAGCAGCUUUAUGUCGAAAAUUAACAGAAGAAUUGUUAAUGGAAUAUAUUAAUCCAUUAUUGGUAGAGAUCAACGCUAUUCAAGAACCUUUGGAAGUCGACCCUACGAAGGUCGACGAGACUAAAUGUCGAGAAAACGUUUCUUAUGUGACGAAAUUUGUUGUCAAGUUUUUCGAGGAGGUCACACACUUAUCACAAAAAUUUCCACCCGAGUUGACAUACACUUUUACACGCGUGAGACAAGCUGUUAAAGCGAAAUAUGGGGAUGUCGAAGCCUUGAAAAUUGUCGGCGCUUUUGUCUUCUUGCGACUGUUAAAUCCGGUCUUGCUGACUCCUCAAAAGUUCUCUACUAAACUCACCAAACCAUCACCAAUUGCUUUAAGAACACUUGUCUUAAUCACUAAGAUCACACAAGCAUGUGUGAACCAACCAGCAAAGCCUUUCCAAGAAAAGUUGAUGGAACCCUUCACUGAAUUUGUCGUCAAGAUGUAUCCCAACGUGACUGAAUUACUAACAAGUGUCUCAGAAAACUCGACAAAUCCACAAGUUGUUGUACAAACACCAAUCCGGCCAUCUUUGCUGUCUGGGACCACUAAAGACAUUCUUCUUCAAAUUAACAAAUUUGCAACCACGAACCAAGAAAAGUUCAAGUCCUUUUGUGACUUCUUAAGGAGAAGAGGACAUACCGAUAUGCUCGAACAACUUGUGAUGUUAGUCGAUAUCGACGGAACACUUGCAAGUACAAUUGGGGUCUCCAGACCUAAAUUCCCAAAUGUCAUUGUCGACAUCCAAGACGAAAACAACAUCAGGCAACUCGUCGAAAAGUUCGAUGGCGUUGUCGAAGGAUAUCAACUCAAAGUACUGAAGGUCCGCGAAGAGAUUUUCGAACUCCAAUCACAGGUCAGAACUAAGAAAAAUGUGGUCCAAGCUAAAACUCAGGAACUCAUCAUGCAACAAGCACGAGAUAACCCCCCCUCAAAAGAUAAAGAACAGGAACCUACAGAAGUUUGUCCUCCAACACGGAAAAUCAUCAAAUUUAUGAAAUAA